CAUAAUAUCUGUAUCCAUUAUUUGCAAUCGACAUCUUUGUUUUUUUCGGGAUCACUUGAAUUUUUGCAAAGUCAAUCUAGAUAGAAACGAGCGAAAAGUUCAUUUGUGCCGCAAGAUGUCACAAGUACCGACGAUCGCACUUAAUAAUGGUAAUAAAAUUCCAGUAAUUGGUCUAGGAACAUGGAAAGCUGCUACUGGAGUAGUGACACAGAUAGUAAAAGACGCUAUAGACGUCGGCUACCGUCACUUUGACUGCGCGCUGGUUUAUCAGAAUGAAAAGGAAAUCGGGGAGGCGUUACGUGCUAAAAUUGAUGAAGGGGUUGUCAAACGUCAAGAUUUAUUCAUAACAUCGAAGCUAUGGAACACUUAUCACAAGACAGAGUCUGUUGAAAAAGGAAUCAGACGAAGCUUGACUAAUUUGGGACUUGACUACUUGGACCUCUAUUUAAUUCACUGGCCAAUGGCUUACAUAGACACCGAUGAAUUGUUUCCAGUUAAUCCUGAUGGUACUCCAGCUGCUACGGAUACUGAUUAUCUAGACACUUGGAAAGGGAUGGAAGGAGUGUUUGAAAAAGGGCUGGCUAAAAAUAUUGGAAUCAGUAACUUUAAUUCCGAACAAAUCACUCGUUUGCUGGCUAACUGCAAAGUCAAACCAGUUGUCAAUCAAAUUGAAUGCCAUCCGUAUUUAACUCAAAAAAAAUUGUCUGCUUUUUGUAAAGAACGAGAGAUUGUCAUUACUGCUUAUGGUCCUAUGGGCUCUCGCGAUCGUCCUUGGGCUAAACCAGAAGAUCCAGUACUUCUAGAAGAUAAAAAACUUUGUGCUAUCGCUGAAAAAUAUAAGAAAAGUCCAGCUCAAAUAGUCAUUCGCUAUCAAAUUGAUCGCGGGCAUGUCGUGAUCCCCAAAACAUCAACAAGCUCACGUCUGACGGAAAAUUUCAGCGUUUUUGAUUUUAAAUUAAGCGACGAGGAUAUCGCGUACAUCGACAGCUUCGAUGUGGGUGGAAGAUUAGUCGCACUCAAGGACCGGGCACAUUGUCCAAAUUAUCCAUUUAAUAUUCCGUUCUGAGAUUAUUAAUCAUGAUUGACAUUGAGAUUUAUGAUUAUUGUCCGUAUUCCUCUGCAAAUUAUACAUUACAUUUAUAUACUAAUGUGAAAAAAAAAACCAGGACUUUCUGUCAUUUUUUUUAACUACUUAAAUAUAUAAAAUUUCUAUCGUUUACUUCUUUUUCAAGUCUUCAAUUCAAUUCUAUAUAAUUAAUUGAUAUAUUUAAUAAAUAAACAAUUUAUAUAAAUGAAUUAU